AUGGAGGGCUGCUGCCGCGCGUGUAUGCCGUGCCUCGGCCGGCUCUGGAACUGGAUCUGGCCCGACUUCCGCUACCCCAACGUCCCCAACCACGACCAUGUGAUCGCCAACCCGGCGGCGCAGGCGGCGGAGAUCCGCACCGUGUCCGGGGACAUCCGCGCCCCGUCGCCCAAGAAGCGGCCGGUGCAGCUGUACGCGGCGCUGUUCGACUUCGUGGCCCGGAGCGACGACGAGCUGACGGUGAAGGAGGGCGACAAGCUGUCGGUGCUGGAGAAGCGGGGCGACUACGUGCUGGCGAAGAAGCUCACCGGGUCCCUGGAGUCCGGCCUGAUCCCGGCCAACUACCUGGCGCUGCUGCAGGACGAGUUCGCCAAGCACAAGUGGUACUAUGGGAACAUAAACCGAGUGAAAGCUGAGAAGCUGCUUCUGGCUUCCCAAAACAAAGAUGGCUCCUUCCUUGUUCGCAUCAGUGAGAGUCACAGUGACGAGUACACCAUCUCCGCUCGCAGUGAGGGGAAGGUCUACCACUUCAGGAUCCAGCGCUCCACCAUCGGAGCGUACUUCGUCUCAGAUAAGAUCUCCUUCGCCACGCUGGGGGAGCUCAUCUCCUACUACCAGAAGAACCCCCGCAGCCUGGGGGUGCGGCUGGAGGAGCCCUGCGCCCAGCAGCGGGAGCUCUUCGACAUGGAGCCGUGGGAACGACCUCGAGAGGAGUUCAAGCUCCACAGGAAACUGGGAGAGGGCCACUUCGGGGAGGUGUGGGAGGCUCAGUGGACCACGGAGAACAAGAAGGUGGCCAUCAAGAUGCUGAAACAAGAGGACACGAAGCAGGACGAGUUCGUGAAGGAGGUUCAGGCUCUGAAGAGCCUCCAUCACCCGAAGCUCAUCCAGCUGCUGGCCAUGUGCUCCAGAGGAGAACCCGUCUACAUCGUCACAGAGCUCAUGAGCAAAGGAAGCCUCAAGUCCUACCUCGCCUCGGCUGAAGGUCAGGUGCUGACCUCUGCUCACCUCAUCUACAUGGGCAGUCAGAUCGCAGAGGGCAUGGCCUACCUGGAGGACAGGAACAUCGUCCACAGGGACCUGGCCGCCAGGAACGUCCUGGUGGGGGACGACCUGGUCUGCAAGGUGGCCGACUUCGGACUGGCUCGGAUCAUCAAGGACAGUGUUUACACAGCGAGCAGAAGCACAAAGAUCCCCGUGCGCUGGACGGCUCCGGAGGCGGCCAUCUACCAGAGGUUCUCUGUGAAGUCAGACGUCUGGUCCUUCGGUGUUUUGCUCUACGAGAUGAUGUCACGAGGCAAAAUGCCUUAUGAAGGGAAAAACAACAAGGAGGUGUUGGACCUGCUGUCCUCUGGAUUCCGGCUGCCCUGUCCAACCCGCUGUCCUCCGAACAUCUACCGUAUCAUGAUGGACUGCUGGGUCGCUGAGCCGUCCAAGAGACCCUCCUUCCACGCCCUGCACAGCCAGCUGGACUCCAUCUAUGCCCGGAUAUAUUUCAAGACUAUAGAGGUAUAGAGAGAGGGACACUGGGACACAGAGGGACACAGGGACGAUGAGAGGAUGGAAAUAGUGCAACAGCACGUCCUCUGCAAACUGGUCCCAGACAGACGGAUGGACUGAGAACAUGUUUUUAAAGCCACACACGUCUACAACAGGGUAAAUGUAUUUGAGCAGCAGAGAGGUGAAACGUGACCAGAGGGACACGAGACAGAGGGACAUGAGGACGUCUUCCUGUUCAAGAGUCAGGAGGCUGUGAACUGAGGACGAGGUGUGUGAGGUCACGGCUUCACCCCCGCAGCACAUUCACAGCAGCACCUGCUUUCAGUUUUUUACCCUCAGUGUUUUCUAGAUGAUGUUUUAUUACCUGUGUACGUGCCACAGGUCAGGACUUUGACUAAUCACCUGUCUUCUGAUUGCAAAGCCAGUUCUAACAUUGAGGUUAUGUGCAAUAAUGAUCCUCCUGCUGGUUGUGAAGCCGUGCUGGGGCCUGGUGCUGGGGCCUGGUGCUGGG